UUCUGACUUCACGCCCAAUGCUUGAAAAUACAUCAUGUGGUCUCACCUAAACCAAAAUAAGGAGUGGCUGCCCAUAAAUAUGUAAUAAGGUUGCACUUUCCAAGCAAGUGUCCCUCUAGGCUCUCUCACUCUGGUGACUGCUCAUGAUCAGGCAUAAGUAAAGAUGGCGAAUUUUAAAGGUCAUGCCCUUCCAGGCAGCUUUUUCCUUGUGUUUGGCUUAUGGUGGUCUGUGAAGUAUCCCCUUAAAUAUCUGAAUAGCAAGGUAAAAGGAAACUGUAGGUCCAACAAGUGCUAUGAACGUUUGGAGCUCAUUGAAGGAAUACUUAAAGCGGCCUUUGCAUUAAUAGGGAUUCUGGCAGAGCAGUUUGUUCCCGAUGGGCCUCAUAUGCACCUUGUUAAUGGUGAAGACCACAGCUGGGUAAAGCUAAUGAACUGGCAGCAUACAACUAUGUACCUCUUUUAUGGAAUCUCAGGAGUAGUGGACAUCCUGACUUUUCUUCCCCUAAAUUUGCCGCGAGGCUUGGAUCGUCUCAGCUUGGGAAUAGCUGUGAUUAUUGAAGGUCUCCUGUUCUAUUAUCACGUCCAUAAUCGCCCGGCACUUGACCAACACAUUCAUUCUCUGCUCCUCAUUGCUGUUUUUGGUGGUGCUAUAAGUAUUAUGAUAGAAGUGUUUAUGAGAAAUGAUAUUGUUCUGGAAUUAUUCCGUUCCAGUCUCACAAUUCUCCAGGGAACAUGGUUCUGGCAGAUUGGGUUUGUGCUAUACCCACUUGGAGGAGCACCAGAGUGGGACCAGACUGAUCACGGGAACGUCAUGUUUAUCACAAUGUGCUUCUGUUGGCAUUAUGCUGUGGCCUUGCUUAUCAUGGCUAUCAACUAUUCUUUGGUCUACUGUUGUGUAAAGAGGCACAAGAAGUUGUCUAGUGUUGUGGAUAACAGCCUUAAGAAAAUAAAUUCAAACAAGACUGAAGUGGAAGCCUCCCUUCUAGCUGGCUCUGAUGAAGAAUGAGACUAAGCAACAACGAACGAAAUUCUGAAGCAAACAAUUCAGAGAUGAGUCUGCAGAAUUUGUGUUCUAAAAGUUACUGAACAUUGAACAUCUGCAAACCCCACUGACUCUGUGGAAAUUUGGGAUGACUUCUUUGCUCAAUGCUUGUAUAUAUUUAAUAUAUCUGGAUCUGUGAAACUUCCAUACACAUUGUUGGACUAAGGACUCUUUAACAUAUGCUUUUGAUAUAAAUGCAGUUAUUAUAUUACAUCUUGUUUACAUAUUAGUGAGAUGUGUAUCAUACAGCUACUUUGCUAUUUAAUUGCAUACACUGUGUAAAUUUUAAUAUAACUAAAAAAAAUUAUGGUUUACAGAGAAAAGACAGAAAAAUAAAGCACAGCUUAAUGAAGUAUACUAUAUA